UACAGUUUGAGCAAGUAUAACGGCGAUAAGAUGGUUCCAGUUGGUGCAUCACAGGUAAAACAGAUAGCAGGGAGAGCUGGAAGGAGAGGAAGCCGUUAUCCAGAUGGGCUUACAACGACGCUACACGCAGAAGAUCUAAACUAUCUAAUUGACUGUUUGCAACAACCAUUUGAUGAAGUUACAAAGGUUGGGCUUUUCCCGUUCUUUGAACAGAUUGAGCUUUUCGCUGCACAAGUUCCAGAUAUGGCCUUUUCUGCGCUCUUGGAGCAUUUUGGAAAACAUUGCAAACUCGAUGGUUCUUACUUCCUGUGCCGUCAUGAUCAUGUGAAGAAAGUAGCGAACAUGUUGGAGAAGGUACCAGGAUUGUCUCUAGAAGAACGGUUUAACUUCUGUUUUGCACCGGUUAAU